CGCAUCUUGUGAACUUGUAACAUCACCCAGGUUCCACCUUGCAUACCCUGUCCGAUGCCGGACAUACAGAACCCAUUUAGUGCCGGGUUCACUCGCCGUCAUGCCAUCGUCACCGCGGCUGGGCUCUUCACCUUGAUCGCGCUCAUCACCUUUCUAAGAGGAGUCCCUUCAUCCACGUCCAUCUCAAGGUCGAGUUCGAGGUACCCUGCGGGAUGGCAAGACCGAGACCCGCCGCCUCUGGGGGAACUGGACUCGUUCGCGGACAACUUGCACUUGACGCAGAGUCAGUGUCAGGUCUUGUUCCCCCGGCUUUAUCAAGAGGCGGACCGGGCGGCCGAGUGGACGUUAAGUAGGGGAGGGGUGACGCUGAAAGACCUGGAUGCGGCGGAGGAGAAAGGGUCUGCGAGGUUGUUGAUCUGGAGGAACAAGCUCUACGUAAGGAGAUGGCGAGGCGGUAUCAACACCCGCGCUCAGGCCAGUCUUGCGGCGAUUCACGAUAUGGUGAUCAGCUCGACCGAGCCGUUACCUGAUGUCGAGUUCGUCAUACAGAGCGGAGAUAAUGGGGAUGGGGACGAGCCUGUCUUUGCGUUGAGUCGGAAGCCGGAGCAAGAGAGCCUCUGGUUGAUGCCAGACUUUGGGUUCUACUCUUGGCCCGAACCGCUAGGAUCCGAUGCGUCUGCCUAUACAGAAAUCAGACAGGCAGCUCUGGAUAGGGAAUGGGGCUUGGCAGGGAAGGCUGGCGAGGAUUCGUUGAGGAGUGUGAAUGUUACUGGGAAUCAACCCCCGAGUUGGGGUGCGAAGAUACCCAAGUUGCUCUGGAGGGGUGUACCGAUGGUAGACGUUCGACAGCAACUCUUGCGAGCAAGUCGUGAUCAACCUUGGUCCGACGUCGGUGAAAUCGAUUGGGGCAAGGUCAAGGAGACCGGGUUCUUGAGCCCAGCAGAGCAUUGCGAUUAUCGGUUCCUCGCCCAGGUCGAAGGCUGGGGAUAUUCGGGUCGAUUAAAGUACCUGCAGAUGUGUCGGUCGGUGAUCGUCUCCCACCCUCUGCGGUAUAUUCAACACUUCCAUCAUCUCUUCAAUACAAACGAUCGGUCCCCACAGCAGAACAUGGUCGAGGUGCCUACGCCGCUAGAGGAGAAUUUGCCUGCGGUCAUGCAGGCUUUGAUAGCCGACGACGAACGGGCAGAGAGGAUCGCCUCGAAUUCGUGGUCGUACCUGCGACAGCGAUACUUGACGCCAGCUGCCAACAACUGUUAUUUCAGAUAUGCCAUCCGAGCUUACGCUUCUGUACAGGCUUUUCAACCGGAACGCGGGGAUAGAGGUGUAGCUUAUGAAUCGUGGUUGUUGACGGGGAGGACCGAAUGGGAGCAACAUUGAUCAGGAAGGGCCCAUGUAUUAUCAAUCCGAUGUAUUGCCCGUAUGCCUUGGUCAGAUCUCGCUGGUGUUUCAGUGGCAUACUUCCGUGAUUAGUGAGCGCGGUGACAGUCGCGGACGGUGGGUUUGGCGAGAUGUCCCGCG